AUCGGCAGACCUGGAUUGCCAAGGGCUGGCAGGAGGCCUUCAAUGGCAACGUCCGCAUCGCCAUGGAGCGCUACAACCAGAGCGGGGGCCUGCACGCCUUCCAGUACAUGUACGGCUGUGAGCUGCGGGCGGACGGCGGCACGGGGGGCUUCCGGCAGUACGGCUACAACGGGCGGGAUUUCCUCUCCUACGACACCCGCACCCACGCCUGGGUGGCGCCCAGCAAGGAGGCCGAGAUCACCAAGGGGAAGAUGGAGGCCGACAGGCACCUGAGCCAGCAGCAGCGGGACUAUCUGGAGCGGAAAUGCGUCGAGUGGCUGCAGAAAUACCUGGGCUACGGGAAGGAGACGCUGCAGAGGAGAGAGCACCCGGCCGUGCGGGUCACCAGCAGAGACGCCCCUGGCGGCCCCACCACCCUCUCCUGCCGGGCCCACGGCUUCUACCCCCGGGACAUUGCCGUGACCUGGCUGCGAAAGGGGGAGAGCAGAGAGCAGGAGACAUGGCGAGGGGGGGUCCUGCCCAACGGGGACGGGACCUACCACACCUGGGCCACGGUGGAGAUCGACCCCCAGGAGAGAGACCUGUACAGCUGCCGUGUGGAGCACAAGAGCCUGGCCCAGCCGCUCGACACUGCGUGGGAGCCCCCGUCCCGCUCUGCCCCGCUCCCUGCGCUGAUUGGGGCCGUCGCUGGCGCUGCCCUGCUCGCUGGGACAGUUGGGUUUGUUCUCUGGAGGAGGCGGCGCUCAGGGAAAACCGGAGCCAUCGACACUCCAGCUCAGGCCGGCAACCGGGACUCCAGCUCCUCUCUGGAAGCCAGCGACAAAGAAUCCAGCAAAGGAUCCAGCAGGGGCAGCGACCCUGGGUAUGACACCGGCUCGCAAGGGUCGGCGGCCACGGUGCACCUGGUGGGGGACACAAGUGUGGGAGAGACCAAUCUCCCUACAGAAACUCAGGAGCUCCUCCACAUGGGUGUUCCUGCCCCGCUCGACGACGGGGACCCCCCAGCGGGCAUCGUCUAGGCUGGAGUUGUUCCUGGGGGUCUCUCCCCCCCUCGGCUGCUGACUGCUCGUGUGACCUGGACUGAAUUCCUCACCCUUUCCCUCUGCCUCAAUGCCCAGGCCCCGGAUGUGACGCUCAGCUGCCUCGCGGGGGCCGCUGUGGGUUUGUGGAUAAAUCUCUGCAUUAAGCAUCUUCACAUAACUUUCAUAUGACUUUGUAUUAUGCCUCUAUUUUCCUACAACUUUGUAUCAGAUCCUUAUAAAGAAAACUUUGUACUGAGCCUUGGUAUAAUGUUAAAAAAAUGUCUUUUCGCUAGGAGUAAAAUAAGAUCUCUCCUCCCCCCUCCUUUUAAUCAAUUGCCCUGUUGACUGACCGAGGUGUGGAUGAACCAGGCGUGGAAGGCAGCACCUCCAGACAGCUGCACCCCUUGGAGAGGGGCUGGAAGCCAGACCCAAGGACAAUAAAACCUGUCAAGUGGCUCACUAAAGAAGAUCAGACAUACUGACGGCCUUGGGGGUUAGAAGCCAGCACCUUCCUUUGAAAACGCCCUCUUUGAACAGCAGUGGGACAACACCCAGAAGGAAGCAGCACAAAGGACCAACAGACACAGAUUUUGAAGCUGGUACAGAUUUGCAGGAGAGGGAAGCUGCUAUAAAUGUGAGGUGUCUUGCAGAGGACCCCGGGUCUCGUCUUGUCAACAUGGAGCAUCGAUCCGGAUCAGCAGACGCCCGGCUCCACCCCUCCCCCAUCUAACUCACCUGGCCAGUGCAGUUAAGGGGAGCAACCAGUUGGUAACAACAAGACGGAGUGUGUUUGUGUGUGUAUGUGUGUGUGUGUGUGAGUGUAAUAUAGAUCAUAUGCAUAUGAUACAGUGUUGAUUGAUCCAUGUAUUACCAGUAAAUGUGGCACUUUGCCUUAUUCCCCCUGAAAAGAUCCUGUGCAGUACUUUAAGUAUAACAGGUUAAUUACCUGGGAUCUGUCAGACGUACAACGAAAGCUGCUGUGUGGGGCAGGGACGCUUUGAUUUCUCAACCAGGGGGAUGUGUACCCCUGGGGGGUCACAGAGAUCUGCCAGGGGGGACAUCAACUCUGCUAGAUAUUUCCCUAGUUUUACAGCAGGCUACACAAAAAACACCAGCAAAGUCGGUGCAAACUACAAUUUCAUACAAUGACUUGUUUCUAUUGCUCUGUGUAAUGUACAGUACACUGAAAUGUAAGUACUAUGUUUAUAUUUAAAUUAAUUUAUCUUAUAAUUAUACGGUAAAAAUGUACUACUGUAUUUUUACAUGCAUCCGAUGAAGUGGCCUGUAGCCCACGAAAGCGUAUGCUCAAAUAAAUGUGUUAGUCUCUAAGGUG